CGCCGCCGGAGCCGCCGCCGGGGCCGCCGCCAUGGCCCAGCUCCGCCUCACCGACUUCUUCGGCCGUACAAAAGCGGCCACCGGAGCCCCGGCCAAGCGCGGGGGCCGCCGGCUCAAAGCUGCCCUUGCCCAUCCCCCGGCGCACCGGGAUGCGGAGGAGAACGGUGCCCCCGCGGGGCUCAGCGCCCUCCCGCCGCCGCUGCCCCCCUCGCCGCGCACCCCGGCCCGCGGCGGCUCCCCGGGCGUGCGGGGGCUGGCCGGGAGGAAGCGGAGCCGCCGGGAGAUGGAAGAGGAACCGUCGGCCGGGGUUCGGCCCCGGGAACCGAGCGGGAAGUCGGCGCGGAAGAGGCUGGAGCUGCGGCGAGAUUGGGAGCCGGGAGCGCCGGGCGCGGCCACUAGCCCCUCGUCUCCAGCCACUGCUUGUCCCCCGAUGUCACCCUCACUGGACCUGGCAACAGACCCCCCAGCCAGCACCACCUACUCCCCCAGCCAGGGCCAGGAUGGGGGGACACAGCCUGGAACAGCCCCCCCGGGGACAACCAGGCGCCUGCAGCAGGAGGACCUGGCCAGGCUGCAGAGCCGCCUGUGGAAGAUGAAGGAGCUGUCCCAGCUGCCACCCGUCCCCUCUGGGACCAGCACCGACCUGCGGAACCGCCUGGAGCGGGUUCGGCAACUGGAGUUGCGGAUCCGUGAGAAAAAAGCAGGAAGCAGAGCCCCGGCGGGAGCACAAGCAUCCGGGGGCAGCGGGGCUGCAGCUCCUGCGGCAGAGGCUGGUGAGAAGACCCCCGCAUACCAGCGGUUCCACACCCUUGCCCAGGACGUGGCCCCAGGGCUCACCCUGCCCUACAAGUUCAAGGUGCUGGCAGAGAUGUUCCGCAGUGUGGACACCAUCGCUGGGAUGCUCUUCAACCGCGCCGAGACCAUCACCUUCGCCAAGGUCAAGCAGGGGGUGCAGGACAUGAUGCGCAGGCAGUUUGAGGAGCGGCACGUGGGGCAGAUCAAGGCGGUCUAUCCCACUGCGUACAGGCUGCGCCAGGAGAAGAACAUCCCCACCUUUGGCAACGGCAGGAAGAAGUCUGACUACCAGCUCACACUGGAGCCGGUGCUGGGGGAAGAGGAGAAAGUGGAUGGCCGCCCACACUUGUCAGCUUCCCGCUUGCUGGAGCGCAGGAAGGAGUUCCACCGCAACCUGGUGAACAUCGUCAAGCAGCACCACAAGGCAUUCCUGGCUGCCCUCAGCCCUCCCAUGGUGGUCCCAGAGGAGAAGCUGACCCGCUGGCAUCCCCGCUUCAAAGUGGACGAGGUGCCAGACAUCAGCCCGGCAGAGCUGCCGCAGCCGCCCCAGGAGGAGAGGCUGAGCACGGCCCAGGAGGUGCUGAGCACAGCCCGGGGGAUGAUGCCUCCCAAGAUGGAAAAAGCUCUUGCCAACCUGGCCUUAAGAACCGCUGAAGCCGGUGCGGGGGAACCAGCGGUUUCCAAAGCACCGUCCCCUGCCAGCACCUCCAGUGCUCUGAAAGGGGUGUCCCAGGCCCUGCUCGAGAGGAUCCGUGCGAAGGAGGCGCAGAAGCUGCAGGCGCUGAUGACGCGGGACGCGCGGCAGGAGGAGCGGGUGGCCAUGCUGGGGCGGCUGCCGCCCAUGGCCCGCAUCCUGCGCAACGUCUUCGUGGCCGAGAAGAAGCCAGCCCUGACCAUGGAGGUGGCUUGUGCCCGCAUGGCUGAGAGCUACAAUGCACAGAUGCCUCCCGGGGAGAUGGAGAAACACUUGCGCCUCUUCGCAGAGCUGCUGCCCGACUGGGUGGGGAUCCACAUCACCAGGACAGACACCUACAUCAAGCUGGACAAGGGGAAGGACCUCGGCCUCAUCGCCGAGAGGCUGGCCAAGGCGGUGAAGGAGGCAGAAGCCUUCUGAGAUCCCCCAGGGUCGAGGCUUCUCCUGUGCCAUCUCCUCUACAUGUAGCAAAUCCCGACUGUGCUCCGGGGACUGGUGUGGGCUGGCGGGAGGGUCAUCCUCAGGGAUGUCUGAGGAAGAGCAAAAAACCUUAAUUUAACUAAUUCCUCUACCAGGGUCCAUAGGGACUGUAGCUCCUCUAACCCUCAAGCUGCAGGCAGGCAGUCCUGUGUCCUGGAGUGACGAAGCAAGCAGUGAAGAGGAGUUUGUCACCUCUUCUUGGCUUUGCUGGUCUCUCCUGAAGGCUUGAUCCAGGUUUCUCCUGAAGAUUUGAUACAGGGAGGUUUCUUCCAUUAACCGGGUCCUGAUGGGGUUGGAGGCAGGACAAGAGGAUGACAGGUAGGAAGGAGUGAGAGAAGAAGUCAUAAGUUGAUGUUUUUGGAGUUCUGGGCCUUGUUCUGUUUUUAAGGGAAGGAAAAACCAGCUCUGGCUGGAAACAGCUACAGGACUUGUCAAAACAUAUCGGUAUUAAAUGUUUUAAAUAUA